GAUAUUUUUCUGUUGUCUUGUUUUGAUUUUAUUUAGGUAUAUAAUUAUCAAAAUAAUGAUUCUUUUCCUACUAAUUAUUUGCUCAUAAAUUGUACUAGUAUUAUUUUGUUAUAUAUCAAAUUUCAGCAUUUUAUUUUAGCACAGCUUCUAAAUAAAAUCGUUUAAUAAACGCUAUGUAAUCCGACGGAUAAUAUGUUUAUGUUUCAUCUUCGGCGAUAUAACCUAAAACGAAAAAUUACCUGUUGUUUUACCAAUAACAAUGCAGUCUGUAUAGUAUUCAAAAGAAGUAAAACUGUUAUGAUGAAGUAUUUAAAUGUCGCAGAGAAAAAUGAUGCGGCUAAAAAUAUUGCUCUUCACCUGUCUCGAGGAACGUCUAGAAGGCGAGAAGGUUUAUCUCAGUUUAAUAAAAUAUAUGAAUUCGAGACUGAUGUGAUGGGUCAAAAAAGUCAAAUGGUGAUGACCUCUGUAUCAGGACAUUUAUUGGGAUUAGAAUUUGUUGGAUCCUAUAAGAAUUGGCAGUCAUGUGAUCCACUUGCACUCUUUGAUGCACCUGUUUUUAAAUACUGUCCUGAAAAUUAUGAUAAAAUAAAGCAAACCUUAGAAAGAGAAGUAAGAAGUUGUCAAGGGCUUAUUAUAUGGACAGAUUGUGAUAGAGAAGGAGAAAAUAUAGGAUUUGAAAUAAUAGAAGUGUGUAAGUCGAUUAAGACUAGUCUCAGAGUGUAUAGAGCAAAAUUCUCAGAAAUAACAGGUGUGUCUGUGCAGAGAGCACUGCAAAACCUGGAGCAACCCAAUAAAAAUAUCAGUGAUGCUGUUGAUGUUAGACAGGAGUUAGAUUUGAGAAUUGGUGCAGCAUUUACUAGAUUUCAAACUUUAAGAUUACAAAAAGUUUUUCCUAGUAAACUAGCAGAGAGUCUAAUCAGCUAUGGUUCAUGUCAAUUCCCUACACUUGGAUUCGUUGUGGAAAGAUACAGAGCUGUUGAAAAUUUUAAAGCUGAACCAUUUUGGAAAAUAAAAGUUAACCACACUAUUAAUGGACUCAGUGUAGAUUUCUCAUGGGAGAGACACAGGCUAUUUGAUCAGGAAGCGUGUCAGGUAUUACAUGAUAUUUGCGUUGAAAGUCCACAGGCGAAUGUAUGUGAUGUCAAAACAAAACCGAAAUCUAAAUGGCGACCCCUGCCAUUAGACACUGUGGAGUUAGAAAAACUAGCGUCUAGAAAAUUAAAAAUAAAUGCAAAAGAAACAAUGCGAUUGGCCGAAAAACUAUACACGCAGGGUUUCAUUAGCUAUCCACGUACAGAAACGAAUGAAUUUCCUAAAGAAAUGAACUUAGCACAACUUGUUGGGUUACAAACAAGUGAUGCUAACUGGGGGGUGUUCGCACAAGGCAUCUUGGAUAGCGGCGGUCCCACACCUAGGCAAGGAAAUAAAAGUGAUAAGGCCCAUCCACCCAUACAUCCCACAAAACACACAAAUACCUUAUCAGGCAAUGAGCAACGGCUCUACGAAUUCAUAGUGCGGUCUUUCCUUGCAUGCUGCUCGAAAGAUGCUCAAGGACAGGAGACGAUCGCAGUAAUAGACAUCGCCAACGAGAAAUUCAGUGCAAGUGGUUUGAUGAUCACUGCGAGGAAUUAUCUUGAUAUAUAUCCAUACGAUAAAUGGUCCUCCAAAGAAAUACAUGUAUAUGAAAGAGGUCAACGUUUUACACCAACUAGUAUUGACAUGGUAGAUGGCAGUACAGCCCCACCAAACUUGCUAACAGAAGCUGAUCUCAUAGCCCUAAUGGAGAAACAUGGAAUCGGAACAGACGCAACACACGCUGAACACAUUGAAACUAUUAAGAAUCGUUCCUACGUGGCGCUCGCGGACGCUAUACACUUUGUGCCCGGGCUCUUGGGUAUGGGAUUAGUGGAAGGCUACGAUUCAAUGGGCUUAAACAUAUCUAAACCACACUUAAGGGCACAGCUGGAAGCAGAUUUAAAAGCUAUAAGCGAAGGAAGGAAGCAACCGCAGCAAGUGUUAGCAGAACAGAUAGCCAACUAUAAAGAAGUGUAUAUUACAGUAGCGGCAGAGGCAAACAAAAUCGACAAUGCGCUAGCAGAAAGGUUUAACGAACGGCCCAAUGACUACACGCCUAUAUCUACACACUCGGCUCCAAUGCCUGCAGUUUUGAAAUGUCCAAAGUGCGGCAGUGAGAUGGUCGUUAGACAAAAGAAGAGCAAUGCUGACGAAUAUUACAUAGGCUGUACGUCAUUCCCACGUUGCAAAAAUGCUGUAUGGUUGCCGAGUAUUGUUAAAACUUUACAAGUGUUGUCAGAAACCUGUUCUGUGUGUGGACCAAAUUAUAAAAAGGUUAUAUUUGAAUGGAAGAAUAAUUCUAUAAACCAUCUAUACCCGUCUCCUUACACAGCUUGCAUAGGGGGAUGCGACACCACCUUUCUAGAACUGCUUAAAAUUAAUUUAUCUAGUGUAAAAACAGUUAGCCACCACACCACAAGUAGUGUUAAUCGAUCGAAUACCUCUAGAGAAACAAGUACAUCUUUCUCAAAUAAUACGCGAAGAGCACAAAACCAAAAUGGCACAGGUUCUGCUGCACAACCGUGGCAAAAUGGCACUACAAGCACUAGAAAUCAAAAUACAAAUAACAAUAAUAAUGCGAGAACUGAGCCUGUCAAUGAAUCUGAUGACAAUAAUAUAAUCUGUAGAUGCAACAAAUCGGCAGUAUUGCUAACUGUCCGAAAACAAAACCAUAAUUUUGGUAAAAAAUACUACAAAUGCCCAAUUGGAAGGGAAAACGGGGGCUGCGACUUUUUCCUAUGGGCUCCAGAGUCGGUAAAUGAACAGCAUCCCUUCAUGACCCCGCCUUCCAACGAUACCUGGGGACAAGAUCCCACAACUUCUGCAAACAACACAAAUACAAGGGGGUGGGGUUUAACGUCAAGUAACACCAGAGACAGUUACCCAGAUAAUAGUGAUGGGGUGAUGUGUGAUUGUAACCUUCCUUCUAAAAAGUUAACAGUUCAUAAAGAGGGACCAAAUAAAGGUCGACUGUUUUAUGCAUGUUCCAAAGACUUCAACCAACGGUGCAAUUUUUUUCAAUGGGGUGACGGCGAUGCUGGAAAUGAUGUGCAAGAGAGGAGCGGGAGUAGUAAUCGAGGAAGGGGUGGAAGGGGAGGGCGCGGCGGUGGUAGAGCGAGGGGAGGAGAACCGUCACGAAGAAAAUGUGGCCACUGUAAACAGGAGGGACACACUAGAAACCGUUGCCCAUCUCUGGCCAACGACUGAUAAUUUUAUAAAUACAUAAACUCGUAUUUAAGUUCUAAAUGUAUAUUUGCUAAAUAUAAGUCUUUAUUUUAUAAAACUAUCUAUAUUAUUUAUGGAACGAUAACGGCAAAAUCACAGAUUACAUAACGUGACUAUUUGUCCUUCAUUAAACGUAAAUUUAA